AUGGCUUUCAGGGAAGAGGAUAACUAUAUUAAUAAAAAUAGAAAACCCCAUAAUCCGAAAUCAUCUAAAUAUGUUAAUGACCCGAUUCAUGGAUACAUGGAAUUCGAUGAUUGGGUUGUAGACUUUAUUGAUACCCCACAAUUUCAGAGAUUACGAGACAUAAAACAGCUUGGAAGUACUUACUUUGUUUUUCCGGGAGCAAGUCAUAAUCGUUUUGAACAUAGUUUAGGCACUGCGCACCUUGCGAAUUCUUUGGUGAAGAGACUUUUUGAUCAACAACAACACGAGCAAAUUUCGUCGGACGACAUAAAAUGUGUAACUUUGGCAGCCUUAUGCCAUGAUUUAGGUCACGGACCUUUCAGUCACGUGUUCGACAACACUGUUGUUCCCAAACUGUUUGGUGAGUGGAGACACGAAGUCGGGUCGGAAAUGAUGUUGGAGUAUCUUCUGGAAGAAAAUUCUAUGGAUUUCGAUGAGAAAGAUGUAAAGAUUAUCAAGGACCUCAUUACCGGUGAAGUAACAGAUAGCAAGAGGUCUUUCAUAUUCGAUAUUGUCGCGAAUAAGCGUAAUUCGAUCGAUGUUGACAAAUUUGAUUAUCUCGAGAGAGAUUGUUAUUAUUUGGGGAUGAAAUCCAAGUUUGAGUUCACACGUCUUAUGAAUUUCUCCAAGGUCAUUGAUGAUCAGAUCACAUACCUUCACAAAGAAUACUUUAACAUUUCUGACAUGUUUCAUACUCGUUACUCUUUGCAUAAACGGGUGUACAACCAUCGUGUUAGCAAGUCAAUUGAUCAUAUGAUAGCCGAUGCCCUAGUUAAAGCAAACCCUAUCUUUCGUUUCACAGAUGUAAUCAGCAAUCGUGAGGAGUAUCUCAAAUUAACCGAUGGUAUUUUAUAUAAGAUCGAAUAUUCAAAUGAUCCAGAGUUGGAAGAAUCUCGAAAAAUCAUAAAAAAUUUAAGAUAUCGGAAGCUAUAUAAAUUUGUCGAUGAGUGUUUGAUUCCAGCUGAAUAUUAUUCUCACGUUACGGAGAAACAUCUCAACGAAUUAGAAAUAGUUAGCCAUCAAACUGGGGACGAUCCUAUAUCUGUAGAGGAUGUUAUCGUAGAUAGAGUUAAGAUGAACUACGGCAAAGGAAAUCAAAACCCACUUGACUCUGUUAAAUUUUAUGGAAAAUAUUCCAAAGACAAUGAUGCCUUUUGCAUAGAAAGCUCUGAGGUAGCUUAUCUUGUGCCUGAGAAAUACGAGGAGGAAAUUGUAAGAGUAUUCUCUCGUGAUCCGGAAAAGGUGAGGCUUACUGAGGAUACUUAUAGAAAUUGCUUGACUUCACACUUAAAACAAAUAUAUCAUUCAAGGUCAAACCAAUACAAUACGCAUUCCGAUCAUUAA